AUUUAUAUAAUCUAUGAUAAAUCAUCCACUGUUUAAUUUAUAUAUAUCUAUUUAAAUUAGAUUUUAUAAAUCAUAUCAAUAUGACUUUCUUACAUGCUCGUAGUAUAUUACAGAACACUAGCAAAAUAUCUUACUUUGGUAACAGCUUAAUGACCAACAGUAUUCGUGGACUGACUAUACCAAUUGUAGUUGAACAAACUGGCCGUGGAGAACGUUCUUAUGAUAUAUUUUCUAGACUUCUUAAAGAACGAAUUGUUUGUGUUAUGGGUGAGAUAAAUGAUCAUGUUGCUUCACUGGUAAUUGCUCAGUUAUUAUUUUUACAAUUUGAAAAUCAAAAAGCAACUAUCAACAUGUAUAUUAAUAGCCCCGGUGGUAGUGUUACCGCAGGUCUAGGUAUAUAUGAUACAAUGAUGUAUAUUAAGCCAGACGUAUCAACUUGGUGUAUAGGACAAGCAUGUAGCAUGGGAAGUGUUCUAUUAGCUGCUGGAUCAAAAGGUAAAAGGCACGCUUUACCACAUUCAAGGAUUAUGAUUCAUCAACCAUCUGGUGGAAUGCAGGGAAAAGCUUCUGAUAUGAAAAUCGUUACUGAUGAAAUUUUAAGACUCAAAUCUUCAUUGAUUGAUAUUUAUGUUAAACAUACUGGAAUGCCUGCUGAAAAAAUUGACGAUAGCAUGGAAUCUGAUAAUUUUAUGAGUGCUGAUGAAGCUGUCACUUUUGGAUUGAUUGACAAAGUUGAACAACCUUCAAUAAAUUAAUUUAAAUUAUUUUUGUAUAUUUUAUUUAAAUUUAUUUCAUUAAAAUAUUAAAAUAUU